AGGAAAUGAAUGGAAAACUAGUACAAUCAUUAAUCAAUUUGUUUCCUUUUUAACAUCAGGAGAUGAUGAUCAAAUGUGUGUUUGUUAUUGGAUUUGAUAAGCUUAUCAAAAAGGGUUAUGUUACAAAUGGGAAACCAAAUAUACAUGAAAUAGUUGAUUAUGCAAGUAAGACAUUAGUUUAAAUUUAGGCAAAUUACAAUAGUAUGGCAGAUUGUUGUAAGUUCAGGAACCUAGUGAUAUUAGACAUGAAUUAGAUUAAUUGAAAGAUGAAAUAAGUAAAUUAACGCAAUAGAUCCAAUAUAAUAAUUCAAUUAUGUAAUAAAUAUGUUCUAAAGCUAAGGCAACGGCAGACGCAAAGAAGUCAUGAGAGAUUAAUGCAAAAUGCAUCCCCAAUAUAUGAUGAUCGAAAGAGAUCUGCUUCACUUGGAUUCAAAUUGUAAUAAUAAUAAUUAGUCCAUAAAAAGUCUAAGGAGAUUACUCCAAAGAUAACUGAAAUAGAACCUCAAACAAUUAAUUAAAUACAUAUAACGAUAUCUAAACAUCAUUUGGAUGACACAGAGAUUAAAUCUGUUAUGAGAGACAAUUUAAUAAAAGAUAAACCUCCAAAACCUAUUAAAACAAUUUAAGAUAAUCAUUACAAAAAGAGUCAUUACGUUGAUUACUAGCACAUAGAUACUGAAGAGCCACCUAUAUUUGAAGAUACAGAUAGAUACCCAGUAAGAGAUAAUUAUAUACCUUAAUAUUAAUAAUAUUCAUAACAUUAACAUAUUUAAUAGUAAUAAUAAUAAUAAUAAUAAUAAUAAUAAUAAUAAUAAUAAUAAUAAUAAUAAUAAUAAUAGUUAUAAUAAUCAUAAAUAUCUUCAUAAUCAAAUACUAAAUAAAGUGAUCAAAAUACACAUAAUACUCAUAAUACAAAUUAAACAUUUGCUUAACCAUAAUCUAGUUAAAAACAUCUUCUAUAAACAUCCAAAUCAUCUCAUGGUCAAUAAAAAUCACCAAAUAGAUCUCCUAAAUUUAAAUAUUCAUAAAAGUAAUAAUCAAAAAAGAAUUUAGAGCCAGUUUUAGAAGAAAAUUCAUAUUCACAUGCAAAUCAACAAAGUAGUCACUCUGCUUCUUCAAAAGGAAGAGCAUCAAAUCGAUAAACAAAAACAUAGCAAAACACUUAGGCAGUAUCUAAGAUCAAGGCUUUACUUGAUUAAGAUAAAAAAUUGCAUAAACAACAUCUACUAGAAAUUGCAAGUGAAAGAAAUUCUUUUACUAAUUCAUCAGAUAAACUAAAAAAGAUGUAGGAAGAACAUCUUUCUGAUAGCAAUCAUUCAAAGAUGAAUAAGAUAAUUACUUAGGAAAUGAAUGAAUCCCUUCAUAAAAGGGCCUUUUCUAAUAAUAGUUUGUACAAAUAAUAGUAAUAACCAAUGUCACCCUAAUUAGAUGAGCCAAGGAUAAUGGGAUAGACAUAAUAUAAUUAAUUUCAAGGCUCUAUUUCUAGGCCGAAUUCAAAUAGAGGGAAUAAUAUUUUGGGUAAUCCCUAAGUAUAGGAUAAUAUCCUGAUUUUUAGCAAGUAUAAAUAAUAGGUUUUGGAUCAAUAUUCGCCAAAAAUAAAUUAUCAGUAUAGGCCUUCAAGUGUUGGGAAGCAGUAGGAGAGCGAAUUAAAACGAUCUGAAGAUUUCAAUCGUAGUUCUGUGAGUAGCACUUUCUCAAUGUUCAAUCCAAACGAAGAAUUAAAGACAUUCUUUUAAAAUGACUUUUUGGAAAGAAAAAGAUACACUUAAUAAGGAUAUAGUGACAUGAUGAAAUAAGUAAUGGAUAAAUCAGUAUAUUUAGUCUUCAUUAAAUUCAUCACAAGAAAACAAUUAGCAUCACAGCAAGUACAUAUCUACAAGUUAGAUUGAGGACCAAUAAAAUUACAGUAAACAUUUAUACAGUCCACAACAGUAUUAAAAUGUUGAUAAGUCUAAUGUGUUCAAUAAUAAUCGAUUGAGCGUAACAAGAAUACUAAAUAACUCAUAAAUAUGA